AGACCGGUGGCCACGUACGGCUCCGUGCUUCAACGGUGAUCCCACGGUCUGGUCGUUAACAGUACUACUUUUAUCGUCGACUUUAACGACAUAUUAUAUAUUUGAACUACUUUAAAACACUUUUUGACAGAGGUGCGGAGGGUAAAGUUGUGAAUGAAGGCUCCCUACUGGGACUGUGAAGCGGGAGGAGGGGAGGGGGCAAGGGUCGUCCAGGCUAUCGGAUCUGGGAUCUGCUCACAUUUAUAAGCAGACAGACGGCAGCUUGUUCGCGGCAGAGCAGAGCUGGACGGGCGGACAAGUUUCACCGAGGAGUACGCUGAGUUAUUCACGCCGGACGUUUACAAAAAAGGACAUUAAAGUUUGACACAAGUUUCCCGCUGGGUCCGGACCCUCGUCUCAUGUCAGAACAACGAGUGGCUGGACUGUAAGCUCCUGGAAAUAUCACUCUUUUCACUUGUGACUUAACUUUGCGUUCGCCUCUAAACACAACUACGUGUUACUUCACUUCAUUGACUGGGACACAAAGUAUCUUCAAAAUGGAUAAAUACGAGGAUUUUGGACUCGAGGCGAGUAAGUUUAUCGAGGACUUGAACAUGUAUGAAGCAUCCAGGGAUGGUUUAUUUCGCAUGAGAAGAGACGCAGGAAAUAACCCAGACUUUGAGGAGACACGAAAGGUUUUUGCCACUAAAAUGAGUAAAAUACACAUGCAGAAACAGCAAGAGGAGAUGGCAAAAAACAACCAGGCCAUUAGAAUGAAUGGGGGCCACAACAGCACAUAUUACACCAAAGACAGACCGCCCAUCAACAGUUACAGACAGCCGUGUGAAGCGGCGGCGAAGCCCCCGAUCCUCUCUGGCCCCGUGCCGGGCUCCACGGCUGGGACUCCGUACGCACAGUUUGACGGCCGGUAUGGCUACGGAAAUAAUUACGACAAUAAGGAGCGCUUAGAGCCACAUUCAUACCAGCAGAACAUCCCUACUCCCCCUAUCCCAGGAAACGCGUCUCACAGCGCGCCCACACAAGCUCGUCACCCGGCCAGCCAGCCGGCUGCCUGGGCCCCGUCCGCAGAGAGCCAGCUCACCCUGUCUGGGAUUGGGGGCAACAGCACAUCUCAGCAGCAGCCCCAUUCUGCACCUCCCUCCGCCAACAGUCUUCCACCUCAGCAGAAACAGGCUGUCACCCCGUCUGGACCCCUGAGCCCCCCCUCAUCUGCUGGUCCUGCCAGGGGAUGGGUUGUUGAGCCCUCUGCCUUAGCCAAACCUGACCUCAUCCCAGGCCUGGCUCUGAGUGCCUUCACUGCAGGAGCUGACUUGCAGAAGCCCUCCACACAUUCUGCUGCCCAUUACGCACCAUCUUCUCCAACUUCAAGACCCUCAACCGGCCAUAAUGGUUCUUUGUCAGCUUCCUCGCUCAUACCUGCACCUUUUGAAACAUCUUUACCCAAAUCACAGGUGGCAUCUGCUGCCUUGAUCCCUGGCAAUGUGUCCAAAAGCUGUAGCCAGGGUCAAGGUCAGAGCCAAAAACCUGUAUGUGGACAUGCCGUCGGUGCUGAAGUCCCCUGUCUCACCAAGCCUGUCCAACCACCCUGCCAGUCCCAUCUCACUCAGCCCCCUGAACAGGGGCCUUCUGCAGCUGAAAUCAAAUUAGAAGCCCUCACCAAUCGGCUGGAAAAAGAGAUGGAUGCCCUACCAAAGGAUGACUACUUUGGAGUGUGUGUUAAGUGCAACAAGACGGUGUAUGGAGCCAGCCAGGCCUGCCAAGCUAUGGGCAGCCUCUACCAUGACAGCUGCUUCACCUGCAGCGCCUGUAGUCGAAGGCUGAGAGGGAAGGCGUUCUACUAUGUCGGAGGAAGGGUUUUCUGUGAAGAGGACUUUCUGUACUCUGGGUUCCAGCAGUCUGCAGACAAGUGCAACGCAUGUGGACAUCUGAUCAUGGACAUGAUCCUGCAGGCCCUGGGGAAGUCGUACCACCCCGGUUGUUUCCGCUGCGUCAUCUGCAACGAGAGCCUGGACGGAGUGCCCUUCACUGUGGACACUGAGAAUAAAAUCUACUGUCUGAAAGACUACCACAGGGUCCUGGCGCCUAAAUGUGCUGCGUGUAACCAGCCCAUCCUGCCCUCAGAGGGGUCUGAUGAAACCAUUCGAGUUGUAUCCAUGGACAAAGACUAUCAUGUGGAAUGCUAUCACUGUGAGGACUGUAAGAUGGAGCUGAAUGACGAGGAGGGUCACCGCUGCUACCCUCUGAACGGACACCUCCUCUGCCACUCCUGCCACCUGAAGCACAUGGAGCCCGGCUGCUCCUCCCCCGUCCCUGCAGCCGCCUCAUACUAACCCUGCAGAAGGUGGAGGGAGAACCCUGGUGGAGGAAAGGCCAAAGUGUUAUUAUCCACAGCCGAGUGGAAACGUGCAAUUCUUGUUGUAGAGGAUUGAUUAAUGCAAUGCAUCAGAUCAUACUUUGGUUUGAUUUGUAUUUUCAAAGGAGUGUUUAUGAAGUUUCCAUUAUGCCUUAAGAAGUUUGACCCAAUAAUGAAGUAUUGUAAUACACCAAAGCCCUAACAUGGAUACAGUUAAGCAUUGCCUGCUACAGAAGGACUUUACAGAAGUCUUGCCAUGUGAUUUUUUAUGUAAAUAUCAUUUGCAUUGGCUGUGUAACUAUCAACAGACAAUUCAUAUAAACAACUCAGUUUAGAUACCUUCAACUUUAUAUUUACACUACAAUUCAAAUUCACCCAUACAUAAUCUGUCUAAUGGUUCAGUUGGCUCACCAGCUAAGAUAUUGGAAAAUCAACUCAUGAUAUAGUUUCUAUUGCAAUAACAAACGUUUAUGUGUACCUACAUAUGAGGAAUAUACAAAAUCAUAGCAUAACUAUCCUUCAUUCCAUAAUUUUCUAAUUAUAUUUCUUAUACAAAUUCCUGCAAGAAUAAAAUAUGAACUUUUUAUCAUGACCAUUCCAAAGAAAUGUUAAACAAUCUCAUAAUGCCCAGGUUGCUAAGCCUUUGUGGAUUCAGGGCCUACCAUUACAGUCAUUUAAAACAUUUGAAUUACUUUAUUUUGUCAAAUCUGAGCAAGAAUGCACAGAGAACAAGGUUAACAUGUUCCUGUAGCAAAAAAACACAUUAUUUACAAAUGCUAACUGUUCUUAGCACUUAGAGAUAGAUUUGUGAGUUUUCUAUGCACCUAUGAACCUAAGAGGUUGGUAUUGUACUAGGCCUGUAGAUCUAUGUAUUUUGUUACAUUUGCAUCCUUAUUAUUUAAAAACAUAUAUACCAUAGCCUUGUAUCAUUUACUUUUGUUGUAUUUUGACUUUUGUGCAAACCCUUUAAAUACUAAUUUGAUUUGCUGUGUUUUAUUUGCCUACCUUUGCCAUGCAAAUGUUAUUCAUGUCUUGAGUUUACUAACUUAAUACUUGAUUGUUUGAAGUGCUUAUUUCAUUGCCAUCUGAAGAUUAAGAUGAAGCGCAAACAUUAACAUAUGUGCUGUAUGAGUGUUGUAAGGAACAUAUUUAAUAAAUUCAUUGCAAAAGA